AUGCCGGCGUCUACCCUCAGCUCCGUUGAGAGCAUCAAGCGUGAGGGGCCUCUAUCAUCUCCUGCUCGAACCUGUUCUCGACGCGCCAAAUUUCCCGCACCACUUUCGGGCUUACCACCCUCGCCAGUCGAUAGCCAGUCCGAAUUUUGUGAGGAACAUUCUGCUACCGCCAAGGAAGAAAAACGAUUAACAAGAAAGAUUACGCGUAGUACGCCUGGUGAUCCAAAAUCAUCACUUGAAAUGAAAAACUCAUACCAGAGAGAUGUGGCCCGAAAGCGGAGUCUCUAUUUUGAAGAUGCGUUUGCUGUAAACCGCAAGCCCUUAUACAGCCCACGAGAAAGAAUCCUACUCGAAUCCUUGAUCAUGGCUGAUAUUAAAACAAAUGUGAUUAUUCAUGACGAACACACCUUCAUUACUGAUCUCUCGUAUGCACUCUCAACUCGAUACCAACGUCCUCAAAACUCUAUACUUGUAACCAUGUCACAUUCUUGCUGUGUGCUAUUUGGUGGUAACUUCGAACCGGCUUAUAUCAUGAAUAUAACGGCCCUUCCAUCGCAGGUACUGCCCGUUACCAACAAAAGAAACGCAGUUCUUCUAGGUAGAUUGAUGGAAGAAUCUUUGGGGGUAUCGGCUGAGCGCGGAGUCAUCAAAUUCACUGCAAUUGCAGAAGAGAACCUUGCCAAUCAUGGCCGAACCGUGGCCGCUGAUAUUGAAGAUUUAGAAAGGGCUCAACAUGAAUCUCAACAGUCAGUACGUUGUCUAUCUUCUCGCGGCACAAUUCGAAGUCGACGUCGACCAAGUAUGAAGUCGAUGCGGAAUCACAAGGACGGGUAUCUACCAACCCACGAUGAAGUAGCCCCAAAUGUCUCAUCACCACCCAUCAGCAAUGAUCGUCAUUGUACAUCUUUAGCAGAUUUAUCAACGGGAAUGAUCUAUAUGGACCAUCGUUCAGACAGAGUCCAAAAGAUGGGUAGACGAAAGAGUUUUAUGGCCUCUAUAUUUGGCCGAGCAGGAUGA